GAUGGUGACAAAAUGGUCGAUGGCUCUCAGCUGAUAAAUGUUCAGGAAACAAUCUUGCCAUCGAAAAUCACUAAUUACGAGGAUUUAUGCUGAGAGCAAGCAACCAUGUCAAUUCAAGUGACAUCGGACGUUCAUAGACGUUCUGUCAGUCCUAGUCAAGAGUAUGACCAUGAAUAUGACAGUGAAAUAAAAGAUGAUGAACUCAGACCUAUUCUUGGUAGUGGGUCUGUUACUGUUAGUGUGGCGGAAGUGAGAGUUCAGACAGGCUCAGGAUGGUUUUCUUCAGCAUUUUUGGUGGUAAAUGCAGCCCUUGGUGCUGGCUUGCUCAACUUCCCUAUUGCAUAUCAUCAGGCAGGAGGAGUGCUGAUUGCCAUAAUUAUCCAGUCGGUUUUCCUGGUUUUUGUGGUGAUGGCCAUCAUGAUCCUGGGUUAUUGCUCGGACAUCAAAAAAACCAACACCUAUCAGGACGUUGUACACUCGGUGUGUGGACCGAUGGCUCAGCUGGCGUGUGCUGUGUCCAUUACUCUGUACUGUUUUGGCACGUGCAUAACCUUCCUCAUCAUUAUAGGAGACCAAUGGGAGCUGUUUUUCAUUGAUGUGGCGAGAUCGUUUUAUUGUGGCAGCAACCCGUUUUACAUGAGCCGUGCCUUCACCAUCAGUGUCUCAUCAGUUUUGCUCAUUCUACCACUCUGUUUUCCUAGAAAAAUUGACUUCCUCAAGUAUGCAAGUGUUGUUGGUGUGAUUGGAAUCCUGUAUGUUGUAGCAUUGGUCACUACCAAGUAUUUCCUGCCCCAUACUGAACCCAGCUCCAUAGCCACUUCACCAAAGUCAUGGAUUGAUGUUUUUCUUGUGGUGCCAGACAUUUGCUUUGCUUAUCAGUGCCAUGUGAGUAUCAUCCCAAUCUACUCAUGCAUGGAAAAGAGAAAUCUGCGAGAGUUCUCCAAGACCAUCUCCCUUGCUAUGGUGCUUUGUGUGCUCACAUACACAGUCACGGCGGCGCUGGGAUACCUACAGUUUGGUGACAAGAUUACUUCAGACGUUCUGCUGUCGUUUGAUCCAGACAUCCCAGUCAUCUUUGCUGUUGUGCUAAUCGCUAUCAAGACGUACACAACAUACCCCAUCCUUUUAUUUUGUGGAAGGGCUGGAUUUGAUUGUAUAUGGUCACGUAUAUGGAAAAUUACCCCAGAGGAAUUUCUGUUGAAGGAAAGACGACGUAGGAUCAUCACCACUAUAUUAUGGUUUAUUGCGACGCUGCUGCUGUCUAUUUUCAUUCCAAAUAUUGGAGUUGUUAUACAAAUUCUGGGAGCCUUUGCUGCCAUCUUCAUCUUUAUUUUCCCAGGAAUGUGCCUACUGAAGACUAUGCAAGACAGAAUUGAGACAGGUGAACCUCAGCCGAGACUUGUUCACUUCAUGAAGGGUUUCUCCAUCGUGUUUAUUGUGCUUGGAGCUUUUAUAUUUGGUCUGACACUCUCACAGGCCGUCAUGAAAGACAUGCAAGGUGUCCAUGCUGACAAGUCCAAUUUUACUUGCUCCAGUAAUUAGAAAGUACAAAAUUUACUCCAAGCUAAGUAGUUAAUACCAUCUGUUGUUAACUUGUAUGUCAUGCGUAUUAGUGAAUUCUUAAAUUUUACCCUGCAAGCCUGAAUGGGGAAGGAAGAGAGCAAAAAUAAAUAAAUACUGUAUUUCUUUAAGAAAUUGCCUUAUCCUUGCCAAACUUCAUGUAGAAAAAAAGGUCUUCCUGCAGCGCACUGGACGUCCAUAAUUAACAUGUUCUUUUCUAGACAUAGAAAAAAAUUGUUUCUGAUUAAUUUUGCAAUAUUUUAACUUGAAAUGAUGGCAUUAUCUAUUGAUAUUAUUGAUGUCAAAAAAUGUUUAUCCCCUCCUGUCUGCAUCGUCGGCCUUUGACCAUUCUGGAUAUCAUUUUAUGUUCUUUAUGGAUUUUUAAAAUGCGAAAUCUUCUUCAGUUCAUCCAUCAAGUUCUACUCAGGGCAUGUUAGAUUGUAUUCUCGUUUGCCGUGUAUGCUGGUCAGUGUUGGCUGGAUGAAAUUAUGGGACCACAUGACAGUCUAUUGUUUAUUGACUGGGACUGAGCCGGAACAGGAAAUUGAUAUCCUUGAGGAUGGUGUGCGUGUUUGUUUGGGGG